AGAGAGUGAGAGGGAAAGAUACAAUAUACAAAAGAGAGCGAGAGCAUAGUGAGAAAGCAACAAAAAAAAAGACAUUUCAGGUCAAACUAGUUCUAGCUUAACACAGCGGGCGCAUUCGCAAAGGAGUUAGCGUUAAGUAAGGAUGUUUAGUAGGAACGUGAUGUGAAAAAAUAAACGAAGAAAUACGGGAAUAUUUAAAAAAGGAUACAUAUUUAAUAAAAGAAGAAGAUGAAUAAAGUGAAAAAUAUUUAAAAUAAGAAAAAUAUACAUCAAUAAUUGGAAAAUAGUGUUUUUUAAAAAUAAAGUUAAAUAUUUAUUUUUUUAAUAAAAAAAAUAGGAAAUUAUAAAAAAAAACAACCCUUAAAAAGAGGUUUUAACAAUUUUAAAGUGAAGGGCAUAUGCUGCCUAUAGUAUAAGUUAAAAAACAACAACAAAAAUUUAAUAAUUCAAAAAGAAAAGGUGUUUACAAACGUAAAUGUGUGUGUGUUUCUUUCUGUUGAUCGGUAAACAGAACAAACAACAAAACCAACUGUCAAUUAUUUGCCUGACAGACAAACAACAAAACCGCUGUUCAUCGGAAGUUAUAAAAACGACAGCUGCUGCUGUUGCAAACACAUUUCUAUACUUAACACAACUUUGUUAUUGUUGUUUUUUUCUAAAGUCUUCUUCAUUUUAACGAAAUUACACAAGGAUUACUCGUGCUAUUUUCGGAGUGAUCACUAACGCAUACCAACAAACACAAGCACUCGUAUAUGCCUUAAAACAUAUUGCAAGAGAAAUAAUAAAAUACAACAAAAUUAAUAAAGAAAAAAAUAAAAAAUACAACUCUGUUAGCUGUAGCCCAGGAUUAACAGCAAAACAGAGAGGUGAAGUGUGGUGAAAAGGAAAAAAAAGAAAAAUAUUAAAAAAUACAUAAGAAAAUUAGAAAAAGUGUUGUUGUUCUAAGAAUCUAAAGAAAAUAUCUCAAAAAAAUCUGUGAAUAAAACAAAACUAACAAAAUGUCCUCCCCUCCCUGCAAUCCCUUAAAACUUCGAAACAUUUUAAAUUCCCUGUUAGUAUUUUCACUAAUAUCCCAUACUAAUGCUUGGCCCCACGAAAACAAUGGAUUACAUCACACCGAAACCGAUAACAACAAACACAAUGAAUCUUUAGAAUCCAUCUCACCAACAUCCCCUUCGAAUGGUGUUCAUCAUAGCGAUUGGCAUCGUUUUGAAACUAUGGAUGCCAAUGGUUUAUAUUUAUUGGAAUGGUGGACCAAAUCCAAGGAUAUUUAUUUUCGUGUCACCGUCAAUACGCAGGGUUUUAUUGGUUUGGGUUUUUCGAGAAAAUCGGGGCGUAUGGCGGGUGCUGAUAUGGUGUUGCUGUGGGUCGAUGAUCGUUCGGGAAAACCUAAUGCUUUGGAUUGUCAUGGCUCAUAUUCACAACAUAAUGCCGCUCCCAUACAAGAUGAUACACAAAACUAUAUAGUUUUAGAUGGUUUUCAAAAUGCCACUCAUACACAAGUUGAAUUUUAUAGACAAAUUGAAACUUGUGAUCCCUACGAUAUACCUUUGGGGAGCGAUACCAUUAAAGUCUUGUGGUCUUUUGGUGAUACCGAUCCUAUACAUGGCAAUCUUAAGGGACAUGGUAAAAAUCGUGGUUCUAAACCUUUACACCUGCUAGGACCUAUGUUUCGUAAGCCUCAUACUGUCAAUAGAAAUCAUCAAGAUGUACAAAAAUGGGAUGUUACGGUGCAAAAUGUCACCAUAGAUGCCUCCAUGGAUACUUUAUAUUGGUGCAAAAUUAUAAAGGCUCCUGCUUUGUCGGAAAAACAUCAUAUUAUUGGUUAUGAAGCUUUGUUGACACGUGAAAGUGGCGCAUCACAACCUUUGGUCCAUCACAUGACUCUAUUUGAAUGUUCUACUAAAUCAUACCCCGGUUCUGAUCCAGCCUCUUGGGAUGUUUGGGUAAAGAGUAGUGGUGCAGUGUGUAAUAGUAAUUUAUUAACCCCGCGUGAUUGGGAUGCUUGUAUUACACCAGUGGCAGUAUGGUCAAUUGGCUCCUCAGGACAAUUUUUACCACCCCAUGUUGGCAUACCAGUGGGUGGUAAAACGGGCCCUAAAUACUAUAUGCUAGAAAUACACUAUGAUAAUCCUCAUGCUCUUAAAUCUUCAGACCAUUCUGGUUUUCGCAUACACUAUAGUAAACAUUUGCGCAAACAUGAUGGUGGCGUUAUGAUAUCAGGCGUUUCUGUUUCGGAUACACAAUUAAUACCAGGUCAAAAGCUUUAUCGUAAUGUUGGCAUCUGUGGUCCUUCGUGUUCGAAUGAGAUGUUUCCUAAAGAUGGCAUCAAAAUAAUAUCCGGUACUUUGCACUCACAUCGUGCUGGCCGUAAAAUGACUUUAAGACAUGUACGCGAUGGCAAGGAAUUGCCACGUAUUAUUGAAGAUGAUAAUUACGAUUAUAACUACCAACAAGUGCGGCAAUUGGAAAAUGAAACUGUAGUUCUGCCGGGAGAUUAUAUAAUAACGGAUUGUGCUUAUGAGACUUCCUCACGCAAACGACCCACCUUUGGUGGCUAUUCGACUAAACAGGAAAUGUGUUUGUCUUUUAUCACCUAUUAUCCACGCAUAGAAUUGGCCGGUUGCUAUAGCAUGACUCCGGUUCGAGAAUUUUUCGAAACUUUUGGUGUUUAUCAAUUCUAUUCAUUAAAUAUGACCGAUGUGGAGAAUUUAUUUUUAUACAAUGGUAAUGUUUUGGACUAUAUACCCAAUACUAUAUAUGCCAAGACAAAACCGAAUCGAGCUAAUAUGACCGAAGAAGAUAUAUUGUACGAGGAGUCUUUGUUAAAUAAAUUAAUCAUUUCUGAUCCGGUGGAGUUUCAUGAUCGUACUUUCCUGUCUCAUCUUAACCAAUUACCCUGGUCUGAGCCUUUAUUUACCAAGAGAGUGGAACAGAGCAUGAUUAAUGGCAAACAUAUGACCUUUUGUCGGGUUUCCAAUGAUGCUGUUUCUAUUCCCUCCGAAAUUAUACGUUAUCCAAAUUUCACCACCUUUGUUAAACCCCCCAGCAUUUGUCCCUAUCAGCUGUUAAUGGAUAGUUCUCCUUUAAGUUCCCUAGCUGUAGAUUUAUGUUUAAAUAAAUUAUUUUUAUUAUUUAUUAGUUUUAAUUUAUUUAUUAUAAAUUAUUUUGUAUUUUAAUUAUACAAUAGAAAACUCAACUCAAUGAAUUUCAUGAAAAAUAAAUCCUCUUUGUAUAUAGAAAUUCACUCAAAGUAUUAUUUAGAUUUAGCUAUAGUUUAUAUAUAAAAUUCCUUAAAAUCAGAAAAAAUUUAAGAAAAAUCAAUAUUUUUAAACACUUUUUUUCAAAUAUUUAAUUUUUUUAGAAAAUUUCUUUUACUAGUAUUUAAAAUACUAUAUAAAAUCCAAAUUUCAGAACCCCUGUUCUAAUUUUAAGAAUUUUUUCAUUUCCCGUAUUUAUAAAGACCUUUUCUUAAUUUAUCUUAUAAAAAUGUUUCGUAACAGUAAAAUUAAUUAUUUCACGUUUCGUUUUAUAAAUGAGUAUUGAGUCAUAAAUCUUAAGGUCCUAAAAAGUCAUUUAAUUUUAUAUAUUUAGAAUUAUAAUAAUUUUUAUAUAAAAAAACUCUUUAAAAGUUUCACUGUUUCAUAAAUUUCAAAAGAAAGUUAAAUUCAAUCUUUCUGUAUUCCGUUCGGAAGGUUCCAAUGGUUCCAAUAAAAAAGUACUAAAUUUUAAAAUUUACUUCAAAUUUUUAAAAUAAAUUUGUAUUAAAAAUUUUAAAAACUUUCCCAGAAACCGUGAACACUUUUAAGAGUUCUUCUGUACUUAUUGUGACAUGUUAAGUUUAGAAUUUUUUUCAAUCCAAAGAUAUAGUUUUUAAGUAUAGCUUCAUAAGUUUAAGAUAUUUUUAAUAAAAAUUUUAUAUAAACCGGAA